ACGGUCAGCUUCAAAGGUGGUACUUUUAUUUAGUUUGGAAAAGGGGAGAACGUCAAAUUCCCAAUUCAAAAGAAAUACUAAUGCUUUCCUUUUUCUUCCGUAUUUAUUCUCUAAUCAUUCAUCCCUCCGUCACCAAACCCACACACCAUCCGCUUUCUUCUACCCUUCAGAUUUCUUCUUCCAUAUAACUUCACCAAAAAUUCGAAUAUCCCCUCUUUACCCUUCUCCCAAACCCUAUAAAAUACCUAUUCACGCUUUCUCUCUGGACCUUUUCCGUCGCCCGUAAAUGGAGAAUUCAAAAAGUAAUAACAACAACAACGAAGCAGCAGCAGCAGCUAAAAGCACAACCGCCAUCGCGGAGGCGGCCGAUGCCAACAACCAACAACGAGUAAACCCCGAUGGCGGCAAUUGGCCAUAUGGGGAUAGUAGUUCGCAAGUUGUGGAAAUCAAUGCAAAUGGGGAAUCGGGUGUUUCUGCUGCUGUGGAUAGUAAUGGCGGAGCUUCUCGAAGAACUCCGUUCACCAACCUUAGUCAGGAGGAUGCUGAUCUUGCUCUCGCCCGCACUUUACAAGAGCAGGAAAGGGCUUAUAUGAUGCUUAGCAUGAACGGUGACGGGAUUGAUUUCGGGAGUUGGGAUGGUGGGAGCUAUGACCAUGAUGAGGAGGAUGAUGAAGAUUUUGAUGAUCCAAGCGAAGAAGAUGAAGAUGAUAGUAAUGUAGAUGAGGAUGAAGAAGAUGGAGAAGAUGCAUUCGAUGUGCAUGCUCAUGAUGAAGCUGGCGAGGAUGAGAACCAAGGGAUUGAGUUAGACCCAUCGGCUUUUUCUAGUGAUGAGGCCUAUGCCAGAGCAUUACAAGAUGCCGAAGAGAGGGAAAUGGCAGCAAGAUUAUUGGCCCUUGCCGGGAUAAAUGAAAUGUAUGUUGGACAAGCUCAAGAUCGAGAGGAUCGUGGUAUUAAUUCCCAGGAUGCAUGGGAGGAUGUUGAUCCUGAUGAGCUUUCUUAUGAGGAACUUAUAGCACUGGGUGAAGUUGUUGGAACUGAGAGCAGGGGUCUUUCUGCUGAUACAAUUGCCUCUUUGCCUUCAGUGAACUAUAAGGCACAAACUGCAUCAGAAGGGACCACUGAUUCGUGUGUUAUAUGUAGAUUGGAAUAUGAAGAUGGUGACCAAUUGACUGUGCUAUCCUGCAAACAUUCUUAUCAUUCUGAGUGUCUGAACAAUUGGUUACAAAUAAACAAGGUCAAGUCUCCUCUACCUUCUGGACCUUCUUUUAGAAACUACACCAGUUUUGUCUGAUAUGUGGCUCAAGCCAAGUCUUAAAUUUUGUGCUUUAGCUCCAUCAUGGUCUGCUGGUAUAUGUCAAGUUACUUGAACUCGUUUGCUGAGUGUUAACUGUGCUUCUUUUACAAAUGCAUUUCACAGUGAGCUAGAUUGUCCUCUCAUUUUAUAGAAUUUAGGUAACCUCUCUACGUUGGAUGGUGAUAGCUGGUUGCUCUACGCCUCUUCUCUUUCCCUUUUUUUUUAAGACUCUUGCAGUGACUUAGAUCCUGGGCUUGAGUUACUUCACUUUCUAGCUAUGUGCCAGACCAAAUAGGAAUUAUUCUUAUCCCAUUUUGUGUGACACAUUGGAAUGGAUAUGAUGAUUAAGAUGUUGGAUUCCCUUGCACAUUGCAUCGUUUUCUGUGUAUUAGUUGAAGAAAAAUGUUAAUAACUGGUAGUAGAUUUGCUGCAUUAAAUAGAGAUAAAUCAUGGUUUUGAUUUCAGCUUCAGCUUAAAUGAAUUUAAAUUCUUGAAUUUUAUGUUUGUCAAAUUAUUAUGAUGCAUUUGCUCUCAAGCUUUACUAUGAGUUUCUCUAGUCAAGUUAUAGAACCUGCUUUUAUUUGAUAACCACUUGCAGAAAAGGGGGGGAAAAGGUGUGACAUAGAAGUAGUAGUUGUUUCCUGCCUCUGCCUCUCUCCUCACGUGGUUCCUUCAUCCUGUGUGGUCUAUUAGUUAAAGUAUGUGUUUAAUGAUCGCAAUAGCAGGAUAAUAUUAGCUAUGUCCGCAAACAACUUACUCACUGGCUAAAAGUCGAGUGAUCAGCCCAUGCAUCCUUUUGUUCUAACCUAUAUUUACAGAUUGUUCACAUAUUCCCUGUCCUACUUGUUGAAUAAUAACAUAUUGUUACUUUUUAGUACUCAUUUAUAUAAGAUUGUUAUUUCCAUGGCUGCAGUUGAUUGU